AUGGAUGGUAAUUAUGCAGCGCCUCAAGAGGAAUACAAUGUGGACCUGAGCCUGUGUAGUUCUGCCGAUGCCGAUGGUCGAGCUUUCGGCACUCCAAAUGGCUUCACCGACGAGAUUAUAGAGGCAUUCUCAAGCCUAAAGGAACUAGCCAUGUUCGACCUGUGGAGAAACAAGCUCAGUGGUUCAAUCCCUGUCUGGAUCUCGCAGCACGGAAAGCUUGAGAUCUUGUACUUGUAUGACAAUGGACUCACCGAGGAGCUGUCGUACAACAUCACUACGGUGAAUUUGAUUAAGAUAGACUUGUCGGCAAACAAACUCACUGGCUGCAUACCAGAAGACUUUGGGACACUCAAGAAAAUAACCAUUAUCAUCCUAUACAACAAUGAGUCCAUAGGCCCCAUCCCUAGAAGCAUUGACCUCAUUCGCAACCUCCAAUACAUCCAGUUGUUUGACAAUAUGCUCUCAGGUGAGGUGCCACAAGAACUUGGGAAGCACUCGCCGCUUGGAAAUAUUGAGGUCUACAACAAAAGCUUGUCUAGCUCACUACUGGAGGAGAUAUUCUCUCACGGGAAACUAUUCAACAUAGUAGUUUCUAAAACAGCUUCUUCGGCGAGCUCCCAGCGAGCAUUGGCAACUGCCUCUUACUGGAUAACAUUAUGCUCGGUAACAACUUCUCAGGGGAGUUUCCGGUGAAUAUAUGGUGGUUGCCGUUGGUGCACACAGUGCUAAUAUCGAACAACUUCGCUGGCACUAUGCCGAACGAGAGAUCUUCGAAUAUCUCUCGAAUUGAGAUGCAGAACAACCACUUCUCCAGCUCGAUCCUGACGUUUGGAACUAGGCUAUUGAUGUUGAUGGUGCAGAAUAACUAACUCUCGGGAGAGCUACCUAUCAACAUGAGCAAUCUCCACAUGCUUUCUGAAUUGUCACUAAGUGGGAACAAGAUACCUGGAUCCAUACCAACAUCAAUUAAAUUAUUGCAAAAUCUCAAAUCACUUGACCUUAGCAACAAUCAUAUAUCAGGUGCAAUGCCGCCAUGGAACAUUGAGAAAAUUUCAUCACUGUUAGGCCUUGAUUUGUCCAACAACGAGCUAACAAGCAAAUUUUUGCCUAACUUCGGCAACCAUUUAAUUGUGUCCCUCAAUUUGUCAUUUAACCAGCUCAAUGGGGAGGUGUCCCUCUCUCUGCAAAGUGCAAAGUACAACCGCAGCUUCCUUGGAAGCCAUGGGCUCUGUUCCAAGUGGGACUCGAGGAUAAAUCUCCCAAAAUGCCAUGGAGGCAGCCACCUCCAGAAGUGUGUGAUAAUUUUGUUAGUGCUCGAUAUCAGAGUCAUCACCGUUUCCAUGAGCAUCAUCAUAUGGCUGCUCUU